AUGAAGGCCCGAGAUAAUCUUAUCUCAUCCCAGCACUUCAAAGGCGACCAGCCCAAGAGUCCCAAAGAUAUGGAUGUUUUGUCGAUCUUUUCUGCAAUGCCGAUAAUUUAUCAAAACGGCAUGUCGAUCCGGCCGGACACGACAGGAACGAGUGUUGAGCGGACGUUGGUAUCAGCCCUGGUCAAGGUUCCACUUCGUGGAGAGGCGAUUGAUGCGUGGGCGUGGUGA